GUUAAUUGUCUCGGGGAGUCCGCAGAGAUGGAGGUGACACGACAGAAUUUUAAAGAAACCCUACCUACCAUAUACAGCGCCAUAGAGGAAGCCGAUUUUCUUGCCAUAGACGGAGAAUUUUCAGGAAUAAGCGACGGGCCGUCGGUCAGUGUGUUAACUAACGGUCUGGACACGCCAGAGGAGCGUUAUGUGAAACUGAAAAAGCAUUCGAUGGAGUUCCUCCUCUUCCAGUUCGGUCUGUGCACAUUUAGAUACGAUCAGACACAGUCCAAGUAUCUUACAAAGUCUUUUAAUUUUUAUAUAUUUCCCAAGCCGUUUAGCAGGACUUCUCCAGACAUUAAGUUUAUUUGUCAGAGCUCCAGCAUAGACUUCCUGGCCAGCCAAGGAUUUGACUUCAACAAAGUUUUCCGUGACGGGAUUCCAUAUCUCAACCAGGAGGAGGAGGCUCAUCUGCGUGAACAGUAUGAGGAGAGGCGCAGCCAAUCAAAUGGGGCAGGGACUCCAUCAUACAUCUCUCCUGCAUCUGCCAAAGGACCAGUGAAUGUUCCGGAAGAGCACAAAGACUUCAUCGGCAGAGUCAUAGAGAAGGUGGAGACUCUAAUAAGUGGAUCAGAGAAAACGGUGGAUUUGGCUCCAUGCACGGGGUUCCAGAGGAAGCUGAUCUAUCAGACAUUGAACUGGAGGUUCCCAAAAGGGCUCCAUGUAGAGACAGUGGAAACAGAAAAGAAAGAGCGAUUUAUUCAGAUCAGUAAAGUUGACGAGGAGGAGAGACGACUCAGGGAACAACAGAAGCAAGAGCGGGAACAGGAAGAGCUGAAUGACGCUGUUGGCUUUUCCAGAGUGGUCCACGCCAUCUCUAAAUCUGGAAAGCUGGUGGUUGGCCAUAACAUGCUCCUGGACGUCAUGCACACCAUUCACCAGUUCUACUGCCCGCUGCCUGAGGACCUGAACGACUUCAAAGAGGUCACUAUGUGUGUGUUUCCCAGGCUCCUGGACACUAAGCUGAUGGCCUCCACCCAGCCCUUUAAGGAUCUUAUCUCUAAUACAUCAUUGGCUGAGCUCGAGAGGCAGCUGAAAGAGAAACCAUUUAAACCUCCUCAAGUUGAAUGUUCUGAGGGGUUCCAGAGUUACGACACCGCGUCAGAGCAGCUGCACGAGGCCGGAUAUGACGCCUACAUCACGGGCCUGUGCUUCGUCUCCAUGGCCAACUACCUGGGGUCUUUCCUCACGCCUCCCAAACCUCACAUCUCUGCCCGCUCCAAACUCAUCGAACCUUUCUACAACAAACUGUUCCUGAUGCGAGUGCUUGACAUCCCAUACCUGAACAUCAGUGGACCAGAUCUCCAGCCUAAGAGAGACCACGUCCUCUAUGUGACUUUUCCUAAAGAAUGGAAGACCAGUGAUCUCUACCAGCUCUUCAGUGCCUUCGGUAACAUCCAGGUGUCAUGGAUCGAUGAUACAUCAGCGUUUGUGUCUCUAAGUCAAACAGACCAAGUCCAGAUCGCGAUGAACACAAGUCGCUACGCUGAGAGCUACAGGAUACAGACCUACGCUGAGUACAUGCAGGCUAAACAGAGACACACCCCCACAAACAGGAAGUGGUCAGAAGAUGGCUGGGCGGAGCCUCCCUACGGUUCGACAGCCUGCAUGGCGACAUCAGGCUUCAGCCACUCCCACAGCAGGUCGUUGACGGUGAAGAGGAGCAUAAGUCCUGCUGAGGAGGACGGUCCAGCGCGGUACUGCCAGACAGAGGGCGCUGUGACCACAGGUGGCUGGGAUUCUCAGGGGAGCGCCGAGAAGGGGGUUAAAAAGAUUAAAACAGACGGGGAUUGUACUAGUGCUCUGGGACAGGGGUGUGGUCAGAUGGGCGCUGUUGACUCAAGAACAUCAGAUGGUUGGCUCAAAACUCAGCCACUCCAGGAGGAGGCAGGACCUGAGGAUACAAAUGCUGACAUGGGAGAGGCGUGGCCUCAGACCUCGGCCAAUCAGAGCUCAGGAAAGAAAGGCCGGAAACACAAGAAAAGAAAGACCGACAGCUCUGAGCCUCCAUCCAGCGAUCUGUUUGACGUCCCUCAGGUGUGGUAGCCCAGGUUUGACGUCCCUCAGGUGUGGUGGCCCAAGUGUAACUCCACUCCCCAAGUCAGAAAAGCCAUACAAACGCACAGCCUCCCUGCCCUCCCCCCACCCUCUCUUUUCACCAGUCAGUGGAAUCCAGCUGGUCGUGAAUCUGUCAUCUGGUUCCUCUGUCAGGAUACUGGCUCUGAUGAGUCACCACCAGUCACGCUCCUGUACUUGGGAUGUGUGUGUGUGUGUGUGUGUGUGUGUGUAUGAAUGAAUGAAUGUAUCUGGGGUCUUUAUAUAUAUCAGCCAUCUGUUUGUGAGCUGAAGUGUGUGUGUGUGUGUGUGUCCACCCCCACACUGAAUUUUAAAGGUGGUUAUGUCUCCCAUAAUGUCCCUGUGAGGUGUGUGUGUGUGUGCGUGCGUGUGCUCAGUCUGCAGUGUGACUAUUCCAUAGAUGGGAACUUAGGAACUAGUGGGCUCUCUAACAUUUUUUUAAACCGGUUAUUUGUCCUGUGUUUUUUCUGUUUUAAAAUUUCAAUAUGUGAAACGUUAUCCACAAGCCCCCCUGAACCAUUUUAGAAAAACUGGCGUCAGUUUAGGGAAAGUGAGAUUUCUUCUCCCUGUCCUACGCUGUGGAUGCUGGAGUCUGUCUGUUUUGUGUGAAUGUGUGUCCUUUCAGUCCCUGCAACCGUUCUGUA